CUCCUCCAAAGGCCAUUUGCAAUCACGGCACAUCCACUGCCUCUUAAAAGUGAGCUCAUCUGGCGCUGGUUGCAUUGAAGUCCUCCACCGUGCCUGAAGGAAGGAUGCUUUUGGGCUCUGGGAACGUGGAGAAGAUGUGGUCUGCCCAGCUGUGUCUGGGAGUGCUGACCAUCCUGACCAUGGCUCUGUGUGUCCCAUCAACGCAUGGAGACCCUUUUUUACUCCAAGAGAACCGAGUGCUUCCAGAGAGAGAAGACACAAAUCAUGAGAACACAUUGCUGACUCUGCUUCUUAAUAAGAAAUUCGCAUGGCGGAGGCCAGAAAAUAUUGACUGGGAGCUGGCAAAGAAAUUUGAAGAGCUUGAAGAGCUGGAGAAGUUGAAGGAUCAGCUCUCAGCAGAGGAUGGGUCAGAGGUGGCCUAUGCCUUGGAAAGUCUCUCAGCAUCCCAGCCCAAAAAACGCGCCUGCUUCUGGAAAUACUGCAUCUGAAGGCUUGUCAGGACUGGAGGAUGAAGAUGAGCCCUUCCCCAAACUGCCUUGCUGGGUAUUAACAUGUUAGGAGUUUGUUCUGUUCCCUCAUCGUGCUGCUAAUCUGGAAGGCAUCCUCCAUGACUGCACCACUGCCGAGUCUAACAGGGGCCGUGGCAGGAGCUGGCAGCCCACUGCCACUCUCUGCUGUUCCUUUCUUCCAGGUUUAACCUGCCAUGAUCUUCUACUCAGAAGAUGCUUCCCAACUUUCUGUGCUGUCCUGUGUGUGCCAUUCAGGCUGCUGUCACUGUACACUCUCCCCCUGCUCACCAGGUCCCCUGAGGCACUGAGCGCUAACUCAGCUUCCCCGGGCUUGGGGCUCUGCCCACACCUGCAGACGCUGCUCUCAGCGGUGUCUGGGUUUCCUGUCGCCUCCUGAGCAGCUCUGUGCUGCCCUGGUGGCCGCUGCUGGGACAAGAAGGCAGGCUGGGUGUGAUGGGGAGGGCUCAGGGCUGCAUUGCUGAGCCAGGGCUGCUCCUCGCCGUGUCCCACAUUGUGCACAGGGGAGGGCAGGCAGUGGGCUCUGGAUCCUUUGGAUACCAUUCCAAUAAAGAUUUUCUGUUGCACAGAA